AUGAGCUCAUUAAACUACUCAUCCCCUGCUGAAGAAGAGGAUGUCUGCUUUACGGAGAAAGAAGCUCUGGCGCUGAACAUUGUCGUGAAAGACGAAGAGGAGGAUAUUACAGUGAAAGGAGAGAAAGAUGCUCUGGCUCUGAACAUUGUCGUGAAAGACGAAGAAGAGGAGGAGGAUAUUACAGUGAAAGUGAAAGGAGAGAAAGAACCUUUCAGAAUGGAAGAGGAGGAAGAAGAGGCUGUUAUAGGGAAAGAAGAGAAAGAACCUUUUAGAGAGGAAGAGGAUGCUAUCUCAGUAAAGGUGAAGGAGGAAGAGGUUUUGGGAGUGAAAGAGGAGGAGACAGAAUAUCAUAUUAACACCAGAGAGAGACAUGACUAUGGUGGAUCCUCUGGGGAGCCUCAACAACAUCCUGAUGCUGACGAGACAGAGAAGAGUCUCUCCAGAUCAGAACACCAGAUGCACCUUACUGCUGGGUAUGAAGAGGUUGUCUGUGCUGUUGGUGGACUACAGGAAAACAAUGGGGCUGAGUGGAACUGUGAGAGGAGGAGAAGAGAUGAAAGGAUCAGAUUUGACACAUCAAAGAGGAAAACCAAACUUGGAGGAACCAAAGACCUCCACAACAUCAAGACGACACCUCUGCUCCCAGAUCAAAUUUGGAAGCCUGAAAAGACACACACAGGAGAGAAGCCGUACCAUUGCACCCAGUGUGGAAAUAGUUUUAGCCGGUUAGGAAGCCUCAAAGCUCAUGAGCGAAUACACACGAGAGAGAAGCCAUACCAUUGCGGCCAGUGUGGAAAGAGUUUUAGCCUGUUAGGAAGCCUGAAAGCUCAUGAGCGAAUACACUCAGGAGAAAAGCCAUACCAUUGCGGCCAAUGUGGAAAUAGUUUUAACCAGUUAGGAAACAUGAAAAGACAUGGGAGGAUACACACAGGGGAGAAGCCAUACCACUGCUCCCAGUGUGGAAAGAGUUUUACGGUGUUAGUUAAGCUGGAAGCUCAUGAGCGAAUUCACACAGGGGAGAAGCCUUACUACUGUUCCAAUUGUGGAAAGAGUUUUAACCAUUUAGUUAACAUGAAAAGACAUGAGAGAAUACACACAGGAGCGAAGCCUCACCAUUGCUCCCAGUGUGGAAAGAGUUUUAAGCGGUUAGACACCCUCAAAGAUCAUUUGCGAAUACACACAGGGGAGAAGCCUUUCCGUUGCGCCCAGUGUGGAAAGAGUUUUAGCCGGUCAGGAAGCCUGAAAGAGCACGAGCGAAUUCACACAGGGUAGAAAUCUUACUGAUCCCAGCAUGCAAUGCAUUUUUACCCAAUUAGGACACCUGAAAGAAGACAUGAGACCGCACACGGGGGAGAAGCCUGACAAAUGUUCAGACUGGGGAGAAGGCAUUUUACUCAUAGGUAGCGUAAAAAACAUGUGCGUAUCCACACAGGAGAGAAUAAUGACUUCUCCUUGUGUGUAAAUGUAUAUUUCACAUCACAUUGACUUAAAAUUCAUCAGAGAACAUACACAGUGCUCCCAAUUGUCUUAUAUUGUUGACUGAGAAUGUGUUUACUUGUUUAUACCACAUGAAAUUGAAUUGUACAAAGUAUACUCAAAAAUAUAUUUGUGUGUUUUUGUUAGAAAAUAUGAAUUGAAUAUUGUCGUGUCUUUGCCAUCAUUAAAAGUGAAGACUUAUUUUAUUAA